GUUGACGGGCUGUUCAUCCUUGGCUGGAUGUACCUGCCCCCCCACGACCCUCGGGUCGAGGAUCCCAUGAGGCGGCGGCCACUCUUCCGCAUCCACAUGUGGGAGAGCAACAAGGCAGCAGUGGAGUGUAUGUACGGACACAAGGGCCCUCACAAGGGGGACGUCCAGGUGAGUCCAUUUUCUCCUUCUUUUGUGUUUUGAAUGGGCGUAAAACCAACGUUGGUGAUUUAUUGUACUGCCACCUGCAGUUCUUUUUAGAGGAGCAAUCUGCAGUUGGCAAAAAUCUGAGGGAUGGGCCUGGAGAAAUGUAACCACUCUUAAAUUCAUAAUGAGCUAUUGAUGCAAGGACUGACCAUCCACAAUAUCAAAAUGAUAGUGUUAAGCAUAUUUUGAGGCUAUACAGUGUUUGUUUAUGUUUACAAACAUUGGAGUUAAACAAGCUGAUAUUUUGGGUUCUGAUGGGGUUCGACAUUUGAACUAAGCUUGCGAGGCAUUUAUAAGUUCUAUUCUAAUCAAUUAGUGUAUAUACUGCAUCAUUCAUUUAUGUCAAAAAAUGUAUGUAGCAACUGGGAUAGCCCCUUUAAUGUUUGCUCAGGAGUAUAUUUUGACUGACCUACUGACCUGGAUGGCAUUCUUUGAACCAGCAAGUCCCACCCAGUCGACUACUUUAAAAUGUUGCAUGCCUUUUGUCACAAGUUGUUGUUGCUCUAGCUUUUCUAACUCUGUAGUGCCCAUAAGAGGGACUGUUAGGUGAGACAGACAACACAAGGGAUGACGUGGUGGAAACUGAUUAAUCGAUAAUAAGGGAGAUAAUGAUGGGCUUAUUGUGCUUAAAUAGUCAUACUCAUUACUGAUCUUAUCCUUUUGUAAUGUGUAAGUCGGUGCACUCACUGUGUGGUGAAGUAGUCCCCUGUCUUCCAUGGCUUUGUGAGAAAAGCUGGGAUGUCUUCUCUUAUUUCCAGACUGGGAAGAAGGACGAGUUCUCGACCAAGUGCAACCAGACAGACCAUCACCGCAUGCCAGGGGGGAGGCAGGAGGUGAGAACGGUCUCUUGUCAUUUCGCAACAGUUUGUAUAUUGUUCUCACAUAGCUGAGGCAACUGUGUAUUUGUCAAAUUAAUUCAUCAAUCACAUAUCUGUUUAGCACUUUUUGCAAACACAUUUAACCUCAAAGCUCCUAUCAUACUGAAAGUGUAACAUUUGUCUAAGAUUUAUGUUGAAUUAAUUUGUUCAGCACAUGGUAAAUAAUGGUCAAGCAGGCAAGAGUGACUGCUAUGCAUUGUAACAGGAUAGAUACUGUAAUGACAUUUGAUUUCAAUAGGGGAUUGGGGCAAAUCGGUAAGUGGGCAUGACCGUGUUCUGUUCUGUUGGCAGGAGUUCCGGACGUGGCUGGAGGAGGAGUGGGGGAGGACACUGGAGGACAUCUUCCAUGAGCACAUGCAGGAGCUCAUACUCAUGAAGUUCAUCUACACAAGCCAAUACGAGUAG